UGUUCCCUUUUAAUGUGCGCUAAUAAUCCAUCUCUUCACUCAUUGCUUCUCCCUCUCCUCUCAUGAAUCCCUCCGCCACCUCUCCGCGGCGGCGCCGCCCCUCAUUAAUACUCCUCACAGCCUUCACAAUCGCCCUCCUCGCUCCGCAGAUCCCCAAUGCAGCUGCCGGGGAGAACGACGUCGACUUCCGAGGCAUCGUUCGCGACGCCAGAAACCUCACAUUCGAGAACCCUAGCCUCCGCCGCGCCUACUACGCCUUACAAGCGUGGAAGCACGCCAUUUUCUCCGAUCCGUUCAAUUUCACCGCGAAUUGGACCGGCGCGGACGUCUGCUCCUACGGCGGCGUGUUCUGCGCCCCCUCGCCGUCGAACGCCUCCGCCAGAGUUGUGGCGGGAAUCGAUCUCAACCACGGCGACAUCGCCGGCUAUUUGCCGGAUGAGCUAGGGCUGCUCACCGAUCUGGCGCUUUUCCACAUCAAUUCCAACCGAUUCUGCGGUGUUGUUCCUGAUAGUUUUAAAAAAUUGAAGGUGCUUUUUGAGCUGGAUUUGAGUAACAACCGAUUUGUUGGGGGAUUUCCGAAGGUAGUGCUGUCGCUGCCGUCGCUGAAGUUUUUAGAUCUCCGGUUUAACGACUUCGAAGGCGGAGUUCCGAUGGAGAUUUUCGAUAAGGAAUUGGACGCGUUGUUUUUGAACGACAACAGAUUCCGGUUCGGAAUCCCGGCGAAUCUCGGAAACUCGCCGGUUUCGGUGCUGGUGCUGGCGAACAACAACCUCGGCGGCUGCAUUCCGGCCAGCAUUGGGAAGAUGGGGAGGACGCUGAACGAGCUGAUUCUGAUGAACGACAAUCUGACGGGGUGCCUGCCGCCGCAGAUCGGGAUGCUGAAGGAGCUGACGGUGUUCGAUGUGAGCUUCAACAGCCUGCAGGGGCCUCUGCCGGCGGAGAUCAGCCGCAUGCGGAGCCUGGAGCAGCUCGACGUGGCGCACAACCGCCUCACCGGAGUGGUGCCGGCCACCGUCUGCCAGCUGCCGCGCCUCGAGAACUUCACAUACUCCUUCAAUUACUUCAGCGGCGAGGCGCCUCAGUGCAGCCGAUUCGGCGGCGGCGGCACCGUUUCCGACGGAAAGCAGAAUUGCAUUCCGAGCAAGAGCAACCAGAGGUCUGCGAAGGAAUGCGCCUCCGAUGAUGCUAAACCCUACGAUUGUAGAAAAUCCAGCUGCUUCGUCGCCGGAAGGCCAACUCCUUCACCAACACCAACACCAACACCGAAACCCUCGCCUAGGCCUUCUCAGGCUCCGUCUCCGCCUACCUCCAGGUCUUCGCCGAAUGUCAGGUCCCACCCUCCGCCGCCUCCGGCACCAUCUACACCGCCGCCGCCUACUCACAGCUCAUCUCCGGGGUCUCAUUUCCGCUCUCCGCCGCCACCUGUCGAGCAUCAAUACUCCCCUCCACCACCUGACCAUAAAUCCUCCCCCAACACUCACUACAGACCACCUCCACCGGUUCAAUACUCCCCCCCUCCUCCGCCACCUCCUUCACCGUCCCCACCACCACCAUACGUCUACACAUCUCCUCCUCCACCACCACCUUCUCCUUCCCCACCACCACCAUACGUGUACACAUCACCACCACCUCCACCACCACCUUCUCCAUCUCCGCCACCACCAUAUGUCUACUCCUCUCCACCACCACCACCACCUUCACCUUCCCCACCACCACCAUAUGUCUAUUCAUCACCACCACCACCACCACCUUCACCAUCUCCACCACCACCAUAUGUCUAUUCAUCACCACCACCACCACCACCUUCACCAUCUCCACCACCACCAUAUGUCUACUCAUCACCACCACCACCUUCACCCUCUCCCCCACCACCAUAUGUAUACUCAUCCCCACCACCACCAACAACAACAACACCUUCUCCCUGCCCACCUUCACCAUCCCCACCUCCACCAUACAUCUACUCAUCUCCACCACCCCCACCACGAUCACAAUCCCCACCUCCACCAUACACCUACACAUCCCCACCACCACCUUCCCCAUCCCCUCCACCACCAUACAUCUAACAGUCACCACCACCACCUUCCCCAUCCCCUCCACCACCAUACCACUACUCAUCCCCACCUCCACCUAAGCACCCUCCAAAAUUAUGUUUAACACCAUCACCCCCUCCACCACCACCACCACACACCACCCCAGAAUGCCCUCCUCUACCAUCCCAUUCCCCACCACCACCACCACCACCAUCUCCGAAACAUUCAUCACCGCCGCACCAUCAUUCAUCGCCACCACCGCCGGCGCCGGAACACAUUCCAUUGCCACCAAUAACAGGGGUGUCCUACGCAUCUCCGCCGCCGCCGGUCAUUCCAUACUAUUAAUCUCCAUUCACAUUUUCAGUGCCGUCAAAAAUCCUCAAAAAUGACAGCGAAUCAAAAACGGGGGCAAACAAUUUACCAAUUAUUGAGCUGUUAUCUCUUCGAUCAUGAGCUGUUAGUAUAGUUUAUCUUUAUUUUAUUUCUUUUCUUUUUGAGAUUCAUUUUAUGGGUUUGUUUCUUGAAUAUUUUUUUCAAAUUAAGUUAUAUUAUUGGCUAUAUAAUAAUUACAUGUAUUAUUGAAGAGAGAUGUGUCGGGGAAGAGACCGCAUAAUUAGUUCAAUUUCAUACUAGUUGUGAUGGUGUAUAAUUCCCAAUCAUCACUCCAAUUUUUAUCUUCUUCAUCUACCUGGAUUACGGUGUAAAUUUGUAAUGCAGCAUGAUGUGUUCUGUUUUAUGUCAAUAAAUUAAUGAACUCGCAA